UCUCCGCUCCAACCUUGCGCCGGCCUGCGUCUGUCGUCCAGCCUCGGUGUCGGAUCCGGGAUCCGGCGCCCGCUGGUGCUGGCAGAGUCCUCCCGGACAUGUGGGCUGCCGCCCGCGGUCUGUGCUGCCCCGGCGCCGGGGUGCUGUUGCGGCGGGGCUGCGGUGAGGCUGCACUCCACCGCGCCCGCACGCGGAGCCUGCACGGCUCUGCCGUCUCCUGUGGCAGCAAGAACUUGCUCAAGAAAUUUGCUUCGAAAACCAGGAAGAAGUUCUGGUAUGAAGGUCCUUCCCUGGGGUUUACUGGGCCUUCCAAAUUGGACUUGCUCCUGAAGAGAACCUCAAAGAGGACCAGGAAGGAAGAUCAUGUGCGCCUGCGGGCCCUGAACGGCCUCCUCCAUAAAGCGCUGACAGACUUGUUAAGCACCCCUGAAGUGAGCCAGGAGGUCUACAACCUGAAUGUGGAGCUCUCCAAGGUCUCGCUGACUCCAGACUUCUCAGCCUGCCGCGUCUAUUGGAAGGUGAGCCUCUCGGCGGACCAGAACAAGAGCACAGAGGCCACCCUGCAGAGGAGUGCGGCGCACAUGAGACACCUGUUGAUGUCCCAGCAGACCCUGAGGAAUGUGCCGCCAAUAGUGUUCAUUCAAGACAGAAAAAACGCAGCUCUGGCAGAGAUUGAUGGUUUACUGGCAGUGGCUGAGUUUGGACCUCCAGAUGAAGGAGACCACCCCAUAGGAGAUGAUCCCAGGGACCCUGAUGCCCUAUCACCACAUGAUGCCCCAGGACCUGCUUCAUGCUCAAGUCUGUGUGGGAUCGAUCAUGAGGCACUCAGCAAGCAAAUAAUGGAGUACAAACGGAGGAAGGAGAGAGGACUCCUGAGCCUGGCGUUGCGGGGGCAAGAGCAGGGGGCUGAGCCCACACAGCUGGUGAGGAGGAGGAGGAGGAAGACCCUGUCCUGCCAGGACAAGGACAGCUCCCCCAGGAGUUUCCUGCUGGGUGAGGAUGAGGAUGAGGACAAGGACUACACUCUAGGGUGUGAAUGUCAGACCCAUGAAGCAGAGCAGGAGUGGGGGGCAGACCCUGGGGACGAAGGGGCAGAGCAGGGCCCCUGUGGCAGAACAGGGCAGGGGCAGGGUUAGGCUUUAGGCUGCCUAACCACGCCUGUGGGAUAGGAGCCAGUGCCUGAGAGGCGCAUGUUCUGCUCUUCAGACAGUCCAUGGAGCCGAAGCUUUGGGUGGUGGUGUCCAUUUCCUGCUGUUUGGCUUGUGAUAACUUUUCCAUGUAUCUAAACACAGUGUCCUACACAAAAGGCAUUUGUUUUCUCCAAUACCAUGUGAUCAAAAAAAUACAUGAUUAUCUUACCAGUGA